CAAACUCUACUUACCACCAUACUGGAGAGAAACUGUUCAGCCAAUUCUUAUAACAUUCAUCUGAAUUUGGAGAUCGGCUUGAGUGCACAGCACUCCCUACUUCUGAACAAUGUCCAAAGACUCCAACCACACGUAUAUACACUUCAACCGUCCGCGAGAUGCCGAUCUCUUCGAGGACUUCUGCAAGGACAAGCUUCCAUAUGACGAGAUCUUUGUGCCCCCCCAGAAUCAGCCUUUGAACCCGGAAGAUGAAGACGAUAUUGUCCCCGACCAGCACGCUGCGUUCGGUAUCCAGAGAGCCACCCAGAAGACCAAAGAGGCUGCAUGGAAAGAUCUUGGACUCUCAGAACUCAUGAAGAAGGGUCCGGUGCAGACAGGAGGACGCGCAGAUGGCAACAUGAAGGUGGCCGGGAACAGGACAUUGCCUCGGUAGCAUCUACGUGCAAGCGUUUCAGUUGUAUUGGCCCCGGGACGAAGGAGGGGCAUUGGGUUGAUCCUCGAAUGAAAGAAGGGCGUUGCAUUGGUCUCGUAAAAUAAGGAAAGGCACCAGGUUGAUCACGGAGUCAAGGAAGCGCGCAGUGUUUAAAGGACUGGAGGGGCGUUAGGGAUGAUACCCACUAUGAAAUAUGAUGCAGCACAGUUCUGUUGUCACGGCGUUUACACCACACCAAUUGGCCCUUAUUAAAGCAUGAAAAUGAACUUAUAUGAGUUCGAUAAACCUAACCGUAACUCCUCGCAAUGCUGAUAACGCCUUCCGAAUGCCAACAAACACUCAUC